AUGGAAACAGAAGUAAAACAAUAUGGGGCAAGAUUUAAGCUGGACUACAGCCUGGUUUAUUGGAACUCGAGAUUGGAGCAUGAGCACAUGCGUCUUACAUCUCUGUUUAAACCUGGAGAAACAGUGUGUGAUAUGUUUGCUGGCAUUGGACCUUUUGCUAUUCCAGCUGCACAGAAAGGGUGCUUUGUUUAUGCAAAUGAUCUAAACCCAGACAGUGUUCGGUACUUGAAGAUCAAUGCACAGUUCAAUAAGGUUGAUGAGUUGGUCUGUGUGCACAAUAUGGAUGCUCGAAAAUUCAUUUCUCAGUUGAUGAAUGUUUCAAGUGGUGAGAGUGACUUGCAAUCAGUUGCUGAUGACAAAACAAAGGAAGCAGAUAAGAAGCCAUCUGGUGUUUCAGAGAUAGAAAAUGAGGUAGGGAAAGAGUGCAAGACUAUAGAAGGAAAUGCAAAGAAGAGGUUGAAGCAAACGGUGCUUCCAAUCGCAAAGCCGUGGGAACAUAUCGACCAUGUUAUUAUGAAUCUUCCAGCUUCUGCCUUGGAGUUUCUCGAUUCUUUCAGUAAUGUCCUUCAACGCAAGUAUUGGAAAGGACCUCUUCCGUUAAUUCAUUGCUACUGUUUCAUUCGUGCAAGCGAAACUACAGAGUCUAUUACUGCAGUAGCUGAAACUGCUCUGAAGUUCCAUAUACAAGACCCGGUGUUCCACAGAGUCAGAGAUGUUGCUCCAAACAAGGCGAUGUUUUGCUUAAGCUUUAGACUGCCUGAAGCAUGCUUAAUGGAAGAAGACUGA